AUGAAUACAUUAGAAAGUCAAAAUGAUCGACAAUCAGAAGAAUUAGCUGCCAAAGUCUCUCGACUUAAACAUAUUGCAUUCGAUAUUGAAAAAGAAACAAAAGAACAUAAUCAUUUUCUUCAAUCCAUGUAUUUUGAUUUUGAAAAAGCACGUAGUUUUCUCGGUGGUACUUCUCGUCAUGUGACUUAUGUUUUGUCUAGUGGACGAGGUGAUCGUCGAUUAAUGUGUUAUGUUAUUGGUGCAAUUGUUCUUGCUUUCUUUUUUCUCUAUUAUACUGUCAGUUCAUUUCGAAAUAAGUAA